CGGGGGUUGGUGCGGGUGGGGGCGCCUGCUGCUCGCCCGGCUCGCGCCACUGGUCGUUGCGGGCCGGUGACAUGCCUGUGUGCUGCAGACGCUACUGCCGCCAAGUAUACUCCAGGACCGGUGAUUAUUUCUCAAUUGUUGAAGAUGUGGGAGUUGCCUAGGAUCCAGGACCAACAGUGAGAAAUUUUCUAGCCUUCUCUGACCUCUGAAUUCCAAGGGAACUUACUGUCUGGAAAAGGAGCUGAGACCAGUUCAGACAAAAUGUUACAGGUCAUUUAAAGGGAAAUUUCCAUCUAUAAAUAGGAGUUCUGUGAAUUUACUCUUCAGUAAUUACGUAUAAUAGUCAUACAGGUAUGGCGACUUUUCAGUCUUUCAGAAACAGUCAUAUGAAGACUAGAGCAUCUAUCAAAAAGAGCUUCAGUGAUGAUGUGUUCCAGUCUGUAAAAUCUUUAUUACAGAGUGAGAAGGAACUAUGCAGUAUUUCAGGAGAGGACUGUUUACAGCAGGAUGAACAUGCCAAUUUAACUGAGGUCACAUUUCUGGGAUUUAAUGAAGAAACAGAUGCUGCUCAUAUGCAGGAUUUAGCUGCAGUUUCUUUGGAACUUCCAGAUCUUCUGAAUUCACUUCACUUCUGCAGUCUAAAUGAAAAUGAAAUUAUUUGUAUGAAGGAUAUAAAUAAAUCAACAGAUAUAAGCAGUGGUCCUCUAAAUCAGAGUCAUCAUUCUGGAAUGCUUUGUGUCAUGAGAGUGUCACCUACGUUACCAAGACUCAGAAUCGAUUUUAUCUUUAGUCUCUUAAGUAAAUAUGCUACUGGUAUAAGAUACACCCUGGACACAUACUUGCAUCAGAAGUACCAACUUGAGACCACUAAUGAAGAUGACGAUGAUACUAACCAGUCCGUGUCUUCCAUAGAGGAUGACUUUGUCACUGCUUUUGAGCAGUUAGAAGAAGAAGAGACUUUAAAGCCAUAUAAUGAUGGAAUAAACAUUACUACACUAAGGAGCCAGUGUGAUGCUGCUUCUCAGACUAUUUCUGGUCACCACUUAGAAACCUGUGAUUUAAAGAUUAUGGUUAGUUCUGGACAGCAGAAGUCAUUGGCUAAACCCUCAUCUUCUUUAGUAAAUAUUCUGGGACAGAAAGAACCACCUUCUGUGAAAACUUCAGUCACAACAUCAAUUUCAGAGCCUUGGAUCCAAAGAAGUUUCUAUAGGUCAUUUAAUGCUUCAGAUAAAGGUGGUGAUACACAGAAAACAUUUUUUUCUUCUUCUCCUGCUUACUCAUCUGAAUCAGAGUGCUCAAGUCCAAGUCCUGUUAUUUUCUUGGAUGAAGAGGGAUAUCAAAAAAGUUUAAAAGCAAAACUUGAGCUGCCUAAAAUUCCUGUGAUGAAAGAUGAUGUAGAGGAUUCAGACUCAGAAGUAAGUGAAUUUUUCGAUAGUUUUGAUCAGUUUGAUGAACUAGAACAAACUUCAGAGACUUCUUGUAUAUUUAUAAAAGAUCCUGUCAUAGGGAAGUCAUCUCAGAAGAAAGGACACAAACAUGAGAAGUCUUGUAUGAAUCCUCAGAAAUUCAAGUUUGAUCGUCCAGCUCUUCCAGCUAACGUUAGGAAGCCAACUCCUCGUAAACCAGAAUCUCCAUAUGGUAACCUGUGUGAUACUCCAGAUUCUCCUCGCCCUGUCAAGGCAUCAGGGGAAGAUAGUGGUCUGUUUAGCCCUAUUCGAUCCUCUGCUUUUAGUCCUCUUGGAAGCUGUACUCCUGCUGAAUGUUUUUGCCAAACAGAUAUUGGUGGAGAUAGGAUUCAUGAAAGUCAUGAUUCUAUUUAUUACACCUAUGAAGAUUAUGCAAAUAACAUUUCUUGUGAAGUACUAGACUCAGUUCUUCAUGCCCAACAUACUGAUGCAAUGUCAAAUAUUAAUGGUACUAACAGGGGAGAAAGUAAGACUGUGGCUUUUAAGCAUGGAAGCCUUGAUCAUAAAGGUAAACCUAAAAAUAAAUCUUCAAUGAUUAAAGAUAGCAUUCAGAAAUUUGCAGCAGAUCUUGUAGAAAGAAGCUUUGGCAGUGCAUUUAAAGACUUACAGAAAGGAGUCUCUUCGUGUACCAAUGUAUUGUGCCAUUUAGCUAUCAAAUUGACAUCAUCUGUUUUUCAGAUGGCAUUUAAUGAACUGAGAAGGCAGCGUGCAUUUUCUCUGAAAGAACGUGCCAUUAGUGGGCUGGCCAAUUUUUUGGUGAAUGAAGCCUUAUCAAAUGCCUUAAAGGAUUUACAGUAUGUAAAGAAGCAGAUGUUUACAAACACAGUUGCUAGGUUUGCUGCAGAUCUUGCUGAAGAGCUUGUUUUUGAAGGCAUCAUGGAAGUGUGUCAGUUUUCAUACCCUCCAACACCUGCAUCUCCACAGUGUCAGUCAUUUGACUUUGAAAACAAAAUAGUGAAGUCAUAUGCAAAAGAUUUGUCCGAGUCUGUAAUACAGGAAGCAUUCAUUGAGCUCUCACAAGUUAAUGUGCCUUUCACAACUAAGGCAGCAGUUAGUGUGUCUACAGAUAACAUCAAGUAUGUGAAUGCAGAAAGUGUAGUACCAUCAACACAGACCUUCACGUUUUCCCCAUCUUUUAACAAUCAAGCAAUUAUGGUGACAAAACCAAUGCAGGAAUAUAAAAAGGAGUAUACAGUGCAGCAGGCCUUGUUUUGUACUUCAGGAAUUGUCACUUCCAUACCAGUGCCCUUGGCAGGAAGUGCCCUUCUCCCAUAUCAUAUUUCCUCUACCUUAUAUCAGGCAAAGUCUCAACUGUCAUUUGAUGACAGUAAUUUAAAUGGUGAUUCUAUACAAGCACAUAUUACCACAAAAAACAAAGAAGAAGUAGCUUGCCUCAGAAAUAUUUGUUUACCUUCAGAACACAAUCCAGGUGACCAGAAUGAUUUUAAACCAACUCAUAAUGAUGUUGAAAUGCAAAGUUCCUCAAAAUUAUCAAGCGAUCCUGUGAUUAUUAGCAACUUCUCUGCAGCAAUGGUGCAUACAAUAGUAAAUGAAACUUUAGAGUCAAUGACAUCAUUUGAUGUUACAAAAACGAUUGAUGAACACACAGAUUGUUUAACUGAAACAAUGAAUGGAAAAACCUCUCCUUUUUCCCAGUGCGAUCAAGCAACCCAACAGAGUGAAGUUAGCAAUAAGGACAUGUUUGCUGAACGAUUGUCUAAAUCUAUUAUUAAACAUUCCAUAGAUAAAAGCAAAGCAGUGAUCCCAAAUGUAGAUAAAAAUAUAGUACAUAAGGAAGGCUUGUUUGUACCAGGAGAAGAAUCAAAGUUGACUUUGGCAAAGUUCCCCAAAUUUCUUGAGGCUCAAGAUCACUUAACUCAUUGUUCAAUUUCAGUUGGAAAGGAUUGUGUUCCAGAAUAUAAAGAUUCUGUCACUGAUGGAUUUUCUGCAGAGACUCUACCACCUUGUCCAAUAAUGGCAAGUCAGAAACCCGAUUUGAAGGAACCUGCUAAGGAUAAACCAGUAAAAAAGCAUAAUUUGAAUAAUACAGCACUUGAAACUUUGUCUUUUGGACAGGAAAGCCCUUUUCAUAACUCACAUACUUUCUCUUCUACAGUCCUUACCUGUGCUGAUGGUUUACAUGUUGAAGAUAAACAGAAAAUCAGAGACAGAAAUGUAACACCUGAUACUCCUCCAUCAACUCCUCUGUUACCAUCUCAGGCUAGUUCUGAGUGGGAUAUCAAGAAGUUAACCAAAAAACUCAAGGGGGAAUUAGCCAAAGAAUUUGCACCGGCUACACCACCUUCUACACCUCACAACUCAUCUGUUUGUAGUUUAUCUGAAAAUGAACAAAAUACUAUAGAAAAAGAAGAGUUCAUGUUGAAACUCAUGAGAUCUCUUUCAGAAGAAGUUGAAAGUAGUGAAGGUGAAGAGCAUCCAGAAAUGGAUGUGAAGUCAGAGCACUCAGGAAAGAAAGUUCAGUUUGCAGAAGCUUUAGCUACCCACAUUAUUUCCCUUGCAACUGAAAUGGCAGCCUCUCAUUUGGAUCAUAAAAUAACUCAAGAACCUGAGGUUCAAAGUCCUUGUUUAAAUUUGGGAAAUCAACAAUUUGUAUCACCUACGCUUUUGAGUCAUUCAGAUGCAAAUUUACAGACCUGCAAUUUUGCAGGUGAUAUGGCAGCAGAGGUCAUUGCAGAAGCCGAGGAAAUAGCAAAAGUUAGAAGCUGUGUACUUUUCAGGCAAAAGAAGAAUAGUCAUAUUGAUGGAGAACAAGAUUAUGGAUUGGAAGAGAAGUUGGAAACUGAAGUAUUAGCACACCCAAGAGAAGCAGAUUCAUUUAUUCUUUCAUUACCACCAACUUCUUGUAUGCCAGGUCUGACAUAUAAGUAUCCCAGCUGUGAAAGUGUGACAGAUGAAUAUGCAGGUCAUGUUAUCCAUAUACUGAAACAGGAAGGUGGGAAUGGCGAGUUAAUAAUGGAUCAGUAUGCCAACAGGCUUGCUUAUCGAUCUGUUAAGUCAGGAUUACAUGAAGCCGUCAAGACAGCUAAAACGAAGUGCUAUUCAAAAAUGUUCCCUCUGCAAAGCUCACAGUGGAAAAACAGCAACGAACUGUUAAUAUUCUCAAAUAAAGAGAACCACCAAGAAGGAGAUAAAAAACUACAAAGAAAAAGAAAUGGAGGUGACCUUUGUAAAAAUCAAAGUUGUCAAAGGACACAGGAUACAUGUAGAAAUGAGCACUCUGAACUGUGUGGUUUUUCGGCCUCUCUUUCUCACACCAUUACAAGAGAUGUUAAAAAAGAGCUAAUAGCACCUACAAUUGACUUGCCAAAAUCCUUAACAGAUUCUUGCCUUUUUGAAAAAUCCGGAUGUAUUGAAGAUACUGAAUGUCUUACCAAACCAGAGUUUCCUAAGUCUCUUCAGCCUUCCUCACAAAAUCAUGGAUUUUACCAUAGUACAGGUAGCUUAAGUGGAUAUGGAUGUGGAGAGAAUGUUGUUCAAGCUAUAGAACAGUAUGCUAAAAAAGUAGUAGAUGAUACUCUAGAGCUAAGUCUAGGAUCCACAGUUUUCCAAGUGUCUGAGACAACAAGAUCAGUGGAUAGGAUCACUUAUGCAGAGAAAUUGUCACCUCUUAUAAAUCAAGCUUGCAGAUAUUGUGACCUUAAAGAACUCCACGAUUGUACUGGAAAUUCAUCUCAGUACUUUUCCAAACAGAGUUCACAUGCUACAAAUAAGCCAGUUUCAAAUACAAAAUUUGGCAGCAUCUAUCGGAAAUCUAGAAUUUUUCAUCUUGAUGUCCCUCAAAUUCAUGUUAAUCUUGAUAAAAAGACAGUGCUUGCUGAGAAGAUAGUUGCUGAAGCUAUUGAAAAAGCAGAGAGAGAGCUAAGCAAUACCAGUUUGGCAGCUGAUAGUGGCAUUGGACAAGAUGGCAUUAGCUUUGCUGAAAGUCUUACCACAGAAAUAAUGAUGUCAGCCAUGACGAAUGUUGGACAUGCUGUCAGCAGUUCAAAAGAAAUAGAAGACUUUCAAUCAAUUGAGUCAUUUGGUAGCCAGCAGAUGAAUCUCAGUAUCGGUGAUGACAGCACUGGUAGCUGGUCCAAUUUAAGUUUUGAGGAUGAACACCAAGAUGAAAGCAGCAGUUUUCAUCAUCUGAGUGAAAGUAAUGGUAACAGCAGUAGCUGGAGCAGUCUUGGUUUAGAAGGAGAUUUGUAUGAGGACAAUUUAUCCUUUCCAACAUCAGACAGUGAUGGAGAAGAUGAGAAAGAUGAAGAGCAUGAGGACAUUGCAGAAGGUUUGGAGCAAGAUGGAAAGUUUCUGCUAAUUACAAACAUCGACAUGGAACCUUGCACAGUGGACCCCCAGUUAAGGAUUAUUCUUCAGUGGCUUGUUGCUUCUGAGGCUGAAGUUGCAGAGCUUUAUUUUCAUGAUUCUUCAAAGAAAGAGUUUGUAUUACUUUCAAAACGAUUACAAGAAAAAGGAUGGAAAGUGGGAGACCUCCUGCAGGCUGUGUUUAAAUACUACGAAGUGGUGGAAAAGCCUUCCAGUGAGGAGAGAUGCAAGACGCUGUUUGAUUGGCUCUUGGAAAAUGCAUAGAACAAACCCCAAAACAGUAUAUUUUAUUAUUUGUUUUGGGAGGGGAAGAAACAGAUAAACCAACGUAGGAUAAAAUUUGAGUAGUGAAUAUUAACAUUUUAAGUAAAUUGGGAAGAAAGUAAAUAUAGCUUUUAAAUGCUUUCUGUCCUCACACAGUGUAUAUAGUUCAUACUUUUGUAAUCUCUGUCAAAAUAUUAUCUUCACCUAUUAUUCUGUAUGCUUGUGUAGUGUGUUAGGACUCUAAGAACAUGAAUGUAUGUGAAGGAAGGUCAGAUUGUGAGGUUUUUGGGGGCAUUGUCUAACAGCAUUCUUUUUGCAUCAUAUAGUGCUGCUUGAAAUUACUAAGGUGGCUGAAGAGAUGUUUUAGUGAUAAAGAGAAUUUUGCUCUUUGCAAACAAAUGAUAUCUGAAUAAUAACUAUCUGACAAAUUGACCCUUUUAAAAAGAAUUUCAGUAGAUUUGUAGGUUUUUGGUCCUUUUUAAAAAUCAGUUUUAUUAACAUAGUUUAGCUAUUAGAAGUUUCUUGAUUUCCCCAAACUUUAAUUUCUUAGUAAAAACUUAAGUGUUUUAGGUUUUUGUAAACAUAAAAAAUUAGUUUUCCCAGCCUUCCAUCAAAUGCCAUUAUCUGCCAUUGCUGCCAAUUGUUUUGGCAUGAAAGUGAGUGUCUGUAUGUGUGUUUAAAGGAGAACUUGAAUCUUGCCAGUGGUUUGUUUCCUCUUUUAUUUUAUUGUUUUUGUAGUUAGAAACCCACUAUUUAACAUUAAAAAGGUGCUUUAAAAUAAAAUGGCUAUGAAGAUUGUGCAGUAAGAAUUUUUGUCUUUUAUUCUAUAAAUGAGGGUUAAGGUUGCAAAACACAUUCAAAUUUUAAAAAUUAAUAUUAAAUUUGGAAAUACAUUCAGAGGAGGCUAAUAAUAGUUUUCAUUGUUGGAGUUCUUUGACAUGAUCUUUCUGGGCUCUUCAUUUCCUACUGCUGUGUCUCAGAAACUGCGAGUUGACAUGAAUAAGAGGACUGAGAUCAUAUCUUGGUUUUGUAUGUGUGUGUAUGUAUGUGCAAGUUUUGGGUUCUUCUAGUGAUUUUGUAAUUGAGGGUAAGUCACUUUUUGUGGGGAUUUUAAUUUUGCUCCAUUAUAUUUUCCUUUGUCCUGAGCACUGACAGUUCUGGAAGCUGUAGAAGACGUAGCUUUUGCCAGGGAGUAGGGAAUCAGGGCACUUACAUUAAUUCAAAUUGAUAAUUAUGGUAGAGAAAUGUGUUUUAUAGUGAAAGAUUCAAAUUUGCUUUUUAAGAAAAAUGCCAAAAGCUAUUUAAAUAUUUUGAGGUUGCAUUGUAAGCUUUGGUUUUUCUUAGUUUAAAAUACUGACAUAAAACAUAAACAUAAUUUUCCUAAAGUUUUUUUCAAGUAUUUUCAAAGGUGAAGAAAUGGCAGGAAAUGUAUAACCAGAAUUGUUUCUGAGGCAGCACUGGAUUGGGUUUCAAGUGUUAGGGCUAGGAAUGUUUGCUCUUGUUAAUUGUAAGAUAGAUUAGUUGAUUAUCAAGUUUGGAUUACAGUUUGCAAGUAACUAUCAAAUUUUAUUUAGUAGUUUGGAUGUAUGUAUGGAUUUGAUUAACAGCGAAACUGAGUUCUGAAUUUCUUUUAAAAUAACAUAAUAUAGGGUAGUUUUGUAAAACUUUGUUUGAAAAUGCUUAUUUCUGUUAAUAGUAUAACAUUUUGAAGUAAGGUUUCCUCAUAUUCUUAUUUCUUAUGUUUUUUUGCUGGAGCUGUGCUGGGUUCAGAGUUCCCCUAUUUAACCACUACCUGAUGACAAGCCAGUCAUCAGGUAUUAGCUUGUGUGAUAAUAAUAGUGGAACUCCAUAUCUCCAUCAAUUCAGUGCAGGGGGAUAGAGAAAUUAUUAACUAUUGACAGAUGUGAAAAGAGGUGUGAGUUCAAUAUCCUUAUAUAGAGAGAAAAUGUUUGAGAAUAAAACAGAACCUUUUAAUUAAGUACAAUCUAAACUUUCUUUAAAGACACUUUGUGACUUUCCAAAGAUACUCUAGAUCUGUUCGGUUGCUCAGUUUGAGAACAGCUCUGUUGAGGAUAGUUCUGUCUUAUUUUAUUACAAAUUGGCUUGACAUAUUUAUAUUGUAACAUUGUUAAUAUUGCCAUUCUGUACAUUUUGGUCCUAAUGAAAUAUGUCUUUAGAAUUGUUAAAAUUGUGAUGUGCAAUAAGCCUAAUUCUCUUGCUUACCAAUUUUAAAACUAUCCUGCCAACUAUGGAAAGAAAGUGAAUGAGACCUUUGACAAGGGGUUUUCAGAAUAUUAUUUCAGUUUAAAAGAAUACAAGUCUUUUGUGUUGGUCUUUCCCUAAGCCAAGUUUAAAUUACAUUUAUGUUUUUGGUAUUAGUAAUGUUGAUAUUGGAAAUAUUUCUCGAUUUAUUAAAAAAGAUGAUUCAUUUAUAAAUUACAAAUGAAGAUAACAGUAUCUCUCGGAUGGUUUGAUAUGAUUUCAUGGUGUUACAAAACGUUUGAGAGUAUUCACUCAGUGAUCAUAGGUGAUAUCUUUAUAUUUUGAAACACGUUCUACUUACCCUUCUAGAUAUUUGAUGUAAAUUAAACUCAAUUCAUAAUACUUUAAUUCUGCUUAAGUAUGGGUUUUAUGUUGCUGUUAGGGGAGUUUAAUUACCUAAUAAGUGUACUGUGUAUAAAGUGAAAGAUAGUUUGCCCAUUUGACCUUAGGUGACAUUGAUGUUAGUGCACAUUCCUCAGAUGCCAAGUUUAAUCUUCAUUCAUCAUCAGAGUCCAGAUUCAAAUGUCUGCUUAAUUAUUUAGAUAAUACUAUUAUUCCAGUUAAUAUAAUCAGUUUCUCAGCAGUAUAUGACUUUUCAUUUUAUGUUUUUUUGAAGAAAACUUUAUACAGAAUUUUUAAAAUGUGAUGCAUCCAUACUCGGGGUAGGAAAAAUACUUUCCAUUUAAAACCCUGUCCACCUGUCACCAGCACAAGAGAAUUAGGGCAACAGUGGAAAUUGGAAAAAUUGUACUGCAAAGUGAAAUGUAUUUUUUCUCAUUUUCAGCAAAAUCCCCAUGAGCAUUUACUCAUUUACUGUAUUCCUGCUGUAAAGAUGCAGAUGCAGUGUUAGUCACUUUUGUCACUUUAUUUAUUUAUUGGUUUACCAUCCAUGUACAUUCCUUUCAUAUGAAUAGAGUUGUGAUUCUAGAAGUUCUCAUUUUGUUUCUGUUGUAAUGUUAAAUACUAUUUAAUACCAAGUUUUAAUAUUGCUGAAUUUGCUAUCUUUGGUUAACUGUGCAGUGUUAAAAUAAUCCACAUUCUUGUUUAAUUACUAGGUAUAUAGCAAAAACAGCCUUGAAUAGUUAUAGCUGUUUAUUUGGCUGUGCUCAGUUACUACAUUACAAUCUUGUACUGUUUAACUGUAACUUUUUUUUCCUCUUCAGUAAUUUAAUGUUUGCUUACCAAAAUAUGAACUUUAGGAUGCACUAAAAUUUUGUUAGCAGUAGCUAAAAAAAAGUUUCAGAAAUUACUUUUGUAAUAAUUUACAAUUAUUUGUUCUUUUAUCUUACAGUUGUUUAAGCCUGUGAUUUUUGCUCUUCCCAACUAAGAAUUCAAUAAAUUUAAGAAAUGCCUA